AUGUCACCAGAGAAAAUUCCUCUUGAGCUGUACAUCACACCACGAGAGCUGCAAGAAGUUCCUCUACAGAUUGGAGGAGAUGUUGCUGUGCUUGUGCAAGCAUUCACUCAAGAAUUUGCAAUGCCACAUCUCCAACGUUUUGCUAAGCACUGUGUUAUCGAAAAUGUCAAACCACCUCACUCUUUUCCUGCCACUCAUAUCAGUACAGAUGGGCCAUGGUACCUCCCAGGGCCUCUUGUGGCUACUGGGGCUCGCAUUGCAUGCUCUGUGCAGGCACCAAAAACCUUUGAGAAGAGUCUGAAAACCUCAUCUGUCAUGGCUGCAGAUCCAAAGAAGCUGGCAUCUGCAGCAAUUUCCAAGGGAAUCCAACUGGUGCCAGAACUCGCUCGUGAUGGUGUAAAUUUUAGUCCUCCACUGAUUAGUAUUGGUCCCAAUACCGAUGCUGCUCUUGAUCAGUUCAAAUUGGGAGAUGAAGUCUUACCCAAACUUUGUGUGCUUGUUGGAACUGCUUCUGUCUUGGCGAUGUCCCUUCUUGCAGACCUUCAAGGUGUGCCAUUCGACCCUGAAAUUGUGAAGCGCAAAUUUUCUGUGCUCUCCGCCAUUUUGAAGUGCCUUACCAUUCUAAUCAUGAAUAAUAAGCUGGUGGCUUUUCACUGCGGCAUUAUAUCUGUUGGAUCCGUGAAUAUGAUGGUCUCUCAGUAUUUCUACACCAACAAGAGCAGUGCCAGGCGUCAUGUUCAGGUGCAGCAGCCUCACAUCCGUCCAAAGGUUAUCCUGAGCAAAGAGGCCUGUGCUCUACUCACAUCCACCCAACGUGCCAAGUCUCGCAACCAAGGCAGAGGUGCACUCCAACAGCUCGUUUGUGAGCAUAAGGAGGAGUACUAUGCCCUUUCAAUGGAUGAGCAGGAAGAUCUGCUUAAGGAGUAUGCCAAAUGGACAUUGAUGAAGGCCACUGGUAUGUGCACCUCUACCAAAUCCAAGGUCAACAAUAUCACUCAAACCCUCAAGGCUGUCGAAAAUGAGCUUCAAAGUCUGCAAUGUCAUACAGGCACAGAAACUAUACUCUAUACCACUCACGGGUUGACUGAUCUUCCCCUCCGAAGUUUAACCUUUGCAACCGAAGGUGUUCAGGACUUCAUGCACUCUGUGAUGGGUAUUGACAAUCAAGAUCUAGUUAGUAAAAUGGAGGGCUUUGCUGUUCAAGGCGUAAAAGGUGCUGCAAAAAAUCACCAACAGCGUGUCUCUGAAACACACACAGCCAUCCGCUACCUUAUCAACAGUGAGAUUACUGGUGACCCUCACACCAACAUGCAAUGGGCAUACUAUUUCCGGAACAUUGUCCAAUGCUACCAAGUCAUGAUAGAGGGGUGGCCUGACAAUGUUCCAUUUGCCAAUCUUAGCCAAGUGUCCAGUGCCCUCCCAGAGCUCAACAGGCUCUUGCGGAAGUGGGAAUCAGGUGCCACGCGCUGGAAGACUUUGACAGACGAAGAAUUUGACAAAAUCCUUCAUGAGCACAAUGAUCAACUCAACCAUGGCGAGAUUAAUGAUCAUAGGCGACGGACUCGAUCUGACAAAGGUAAGAAACGAAAGAAGCCUGCAGCUACUGAUCAUUACUCGCGUGGCAAGAAGUAUAAGAGUGUAGACACUAUUGAAGAAAGUGACAAGGAGAAUGGCGCCGAGGAAGAGGACAAUGAAGAGGACGAGGCUCGUUGCAAGUCUCCUGCACCCUCUCCUCAUCAGCUGCCUGACACCACCACCACCACCCCCAUGCCUCAUGUGCCUGGUGAUACUCAUGUCUCCGCACCCUCUCAUCAGCUGCCUGACACUACUACGUCCAACACCACCUCCAUUCCUGGUGAUACUCACUUCAGCAACGAUUCCAACGAUCUUGAUCUCCCACCCUUUAAUGCUGCUUCCUUCGACUGUGACGCUAUAUUGGAUAGGUUAGAUGAAAUAUUUGGCCCUGCAGAUCAAGAUGGCAUGUUGAUGCCAACCAUCGCGCCAUCAUCUACUAGUCUCGACUACUCCACUCCAAGUUAUGACUUCACUAAUUUCAACAUGUUCAGCACUUCAUUCUGA